GUUGGGUUGGUGGUGGUAUUGGUAAAGAUUUACAAGGUAUUGCUGAACCAAUACAAAUUGAAGAUUUACAAGGACGUAAAGGUUUAGGUAGUAAUAAUUUAUUUCCAAAUCAAAUAUUUAUAAAAAAUUUACGACGUAUACUCGAAGAAUUUAUUGCAACAAAUGAUGAUGAUGGAGAAUUACAAUUUGCCAAUGAAUUUAAUAGUGAAGAAAGAAAAUCAAUUCAUAAAGAAGCUAUGAAAUUACAUUUAACAUCAAAUUCUUAUGGUCGUGAUGGUGAACGACGUAUUCGUAUAACACAAAAACGUAAUGUUGAUCAGCUUGUUGAUCAUUUAUUAACACAUGGUGGUGAAACAGCACGAUAUGAAUUAAAAGCUCAAACUCAGUCAAAACCAAUUAUCACACAAUCAUCACAACGUACAUAUGUACAAAUGGCUCCACCAUCGUCAAAAUGGGUAGCACCUGAUGCUUGUGAUGAUGGAACUUUAUAA